GGCUGGCGGGGGCAUCCGGCCCGAGCUGGGGUCCCCAAGCUCGGUCCGGAUGAGGCGAGGCUGCGCCGGCUGGGCAGUCAGUGGGGACGGGACGCACCGGCGGGCGGCCGGACUGGCCCUCUCGGUGAUUGCGCCGUCCGGGUCGCUGCCGCCCGCCCGCAGGUGCCCUGGCUGAGGCCGCCUCGCGCGCCCCGGCCGGUGAGUGUCCCCGCGGUCGCCCGACCGGCUGCCUGCCCCCGGCCCCCCGCGCAGCGGCUAGCGGCCGCCUCUCCUCCUCACCCCGGUGCCUGCGCCCGGUGCCGGCCGCCUCCGGCCCGCGCCUCCGCACCCCGGCGCAGGCAGCACCGGCCCUCGGGCUGGGAUGGGCCGGCCGGGAAGAGGAAGGCAAGCCCGGGCCAUGAGCCCGUGAGCACUGUGCCGCGCAUAGUGGGAGUUUACACGCAGUAGGUUCUUGGGGCGUUUCUGAAGAAUUGCUUUUCUGGUUGGAAAAAGGCCCUGCAAAAUUGGAGUACAUAUUCCAUAGAAGUUUUAAGAUGUCUUAACUGAGCGAACUACUGGAAGGAGAUAUUGACAGGAUCUUACUAUAGACCUAGCUAGACUCUGCCUCCACAUCUCAAGGUAUUGGAAGUACAGGCCUGUGUCACUAUUCACAAGAAUGAAAAUUUUAUAAUCAAUGGAUAAAGUGGGGAAAAUGUGGAAUAACUUCAAGUACAGGUGUCAGAAUCUUUUUGGUCAUGAGGGAGGAAGCCGUAGUGAAAGCAUGGACAUGAACUCCAACAGAUGUCUGUCUGUCAAAGAGAAAAACAUGAGUCUGGGAGACUCAUCUCCUCAGCAGCAAAGCAGCCCCUUACGAGAAAAUGUGGCCUUACAACUGGGAUUAAGCUCCUCAAAGAAUUCUUCAAGGAGAAACCAAAACUGUGCUGCAGAAAUCCCUCAAAUUGUUGAAAUAAGCAUUGAGAAGGACAGUGACUCAUGUGUUGCCCCAGGAACAAGGCUUGCUCGAAGAGAUUCCUACUCUCGACAUGCCCCCUGGGGUGGGAAGAAAAAACAUUCCUGUUCCACAAAGACGCAAAGUUCAUUGGAUACUGAUAAAAAGUUUGGUAGAACUCGAAGUGGACUUCAGAGGCGAGAGCGGCGCUACGGAGUCAGCUCUGUGCACGACAUGGACAGCAUUUCCAGCAGAGCCCUUGGGAGCCGCUCACUGAGACAGAGGUUGCAGGACACUGUAGGCCUGUGUUUCCCAAUGAGGACUUACAGCAAGCACUCAAAGCCACUCUUCUCCAACAAAAGGAAAAUACAUCUUUCUGAAUUAAUGCUGGAGAAAUGUCCUUUUCCUGCAGGCUCAGAUUUAGCUCAAAAAUGGCAUUUGAUUAAACAGCAUACAGCUCCUGUGAGCCCACAUUCAACAUUUUUUGAUACAUUUGAUCCAUCGUUGGUUUCUACAGAAGAUGAAGAAGACAGGCUUCGAGAGAGAAGACGGCUUAGUAUUGAAGAAGGGGUAGACCCCCCUCCCAAUGCACAAAUACAUACAUUUGAAGCUACUGCACAGGUUAAUCCAUUAUACAAACUGGGACCAAAGUUAGCUCCUGGAAUGACAGAAAUAAGUGGGGACAGUGCUGCAAUUCCACAAGGUAACUGUGACUCAGAAGAGGAUACAACCACCUUGUGUUUGCAGUCCUGGAGGCAGAAGCAACGCCAAGUGUCUGGAGACAGUCAUGCCCACAUUAGCAGACAGGGUGCAUGGAAAGUCCAUACACAGAUUGAUUACAUACACUGCCUUGUGCCAGAUCUGCUUCAGAUCACAGGGAAUCCCUGUUACUGGGGGGUUAUGGACCGUUAUGAAGCAGAAGCACUUCUCGAAGGGAAACCUGAAGGCACGUUUUUGCUCAGGGACUCAGCGCAAGAGGACUACCUCUUCUCUGUGAGCUUCCGCCGCUACAACAGAUCCCUGCAUGCCAGAAUUGAACAGUGGAAUCACAACUUCAGUUUUGAUGCCCACGACCCAUGUGUAUUUCACUCCUCCACUGUAACAGGACUUCUAGAACAUUAUAAGGAUCCCAGUUCUUGCAUGUUUUUUGAACCAUUGCUUACUAUAUCACUUAAUAGGACUUUUCCUUUCAGCCUGCAGUAUAUCUGCCGUGCAGUAAUCUGCAGGUGCACCACCUAUGAUGGAAUUGAUGGGCUCCCUCUGCCAUCAAUGUUACAGGAUUUCCUAAAAGAAUAUCAUUAUAAGCAAAAGGUUAGAGUUCGCUGGUUAGAACGAGAGCCAAUCAAGGCAAAGUAAACUCUUCUGACCCCAAAGGGCAUUAGCUAGGUCUGCUUUUAUGUGCAUUAGACAGUAUACCUAUUGGAAGCACAGUGUCAGUGCUAAGAUUUUCACACAGGACGUCAGCUUGGUGAGUGGCCUCUGUCAGUGGCCAUCUGCUGUGACACUGACUGACAGUGGUGCCUAUUGCAACAGCAGGAUAAAGCUAGUCUUCAGUGAGGCUACAGAAACAUGUUGGUUUAGCUAGCAGUUUGGUUUUUAGUGGCUGUAAUAGUUGAAUGAGGCAGCUCUGGGGCAUUUGCUAUGAAGAGUUCUAUUUCUUACCGAAGAACAAAUUAUUGGAUGAGUAUUUCAGCAGUGUGACUAAUGUUUUAAAUUAUUUUUUCUAAGAAUUUUUCUAUAACCUUCCAAAGUAGUGAUGUUUGUAGUUAUCAUAAAUCCAGCUUUGAAAGUCCAAAAACAAGCAAAUGAAUAAAUAAGUAGACUGCCUCCCUUUUAGGAAAAAAAAAUGCAAUUUUCUGGCCACAAGGGCAUAGUGCAGUUCACUUAAGUGUGGAUGUAGUUUAUUAUAGUUUCCUUUUCUCUUCUGCAAAAGGUACUGUUAAGUAGACCAGGUUUUCUAAAUAGUUCUUAAAAUUUCAGAUUAGAAAGAUAAUAGUUGAAUUUUAUUUAAAGGUCCUUGGUAUUGAUUUUUUAAUAAGGCUUCAACUUAAAAUAGGCAUUUGAAAUAGCUGCUGCAGUGUGUGUGUGUGUGUGUGUGUGUGUGUGUGUGUGUGUGUGUGUGUGUGUUAAUGUUAAUAUGAGGUCUAAAUGUUGUUUCAUUAAGGUUGGGUCUUUUCCUAUGUCCAUAACAAGGUUGUAAACUAUGAAGAAAAUAAGACUAGAAGAUGCCCAUACAAAGUCAGACAAUAGUAACUAACUACAAUGGUUGUUGCUGUUGAGAUUUGUUAAAUGAUAAUUAAUGAUUUGAAUGGCAGUAUUUAUCUCUUUGUUGUAAGCUCUCAUAGCUGAAUUGCUUAAGUAUAAUUUAUAGAACUUCAGUGCAGUUCAUUCUUAAUGGAAAAUCUGAAACCUAAAUUGCAGAUUUAAAGGUACUAUACAACCAUUGUAUUUGUAAAUAACUUUACUUAGCACCUUUUUGUCAUUUAGAAUAGUAUAUGAUACAGUUUGAGUGAGUGCUUUGGGAAGUAUUACCUAGUUCUAGUGUUUGCUUCUUAGUAUUGAACUGACUCUUCAGUUCUGUCCUAGACACUUUGCACUACAGUAGCCAAAUCCAUUCUUGUCUUGUUAUUAAUGUGUUCUGUGCUGCUGGUGAGUGCUUCUUAGUUUCCGUACCAGCUGCUACAGAAGGUUAUUUUAUAUCCUUAUGGCUAUUGCCAAGGCUACAAAAAAGAAAAGCUAUAUUUGUAUGCAACACUAAUCCUUUGACUGCUAAUGUAUGUUUCUGCUUGCUGUGCCUUGUUAUGGCUGCUUCUUUGUGCUAAUAAAGUAUGUUUGGUGUCCUUGUAUAUCUGCUGUUUUAUACAUUUGCAACAGUUUUCUCUUAUACAUGGAAUGGUUUGGGUUUUUAAAAUUAACAUUACCCGACAACCUAUUCUCUAGUUAAUACAGAAUCAUGUACAGUCUAAUACUGACUUACAGAAUAAGCUAACUCUAAUGCUCUACAUCUUUCUAAUCCUAAUCUGUAGUUACUGAAAUUACCAUAUAAGUUUAGGUAACAACAGAAAAUUCAGAGAAAUAAAAAAACCUAUUGAUUUCUCUGCCUCUAACUGAAAGAUUGAAACUGUCAGUGAGGUUAUUUUAGUAAAUGAAUAUUUAUAGCAUACAACUGCAUCAGAAACAGGUUAAGUGAAGUCUUGUGAACUAGUACUACAUCAGCACUAUUUAUUGGUUUGGGGACCAUUUUAAUUGAUAAUAGAUGCCCAAAAUAUAGAACUUUAACCAAAGACUUGUCCAUUUUAAUACAAAAUGGGGAUUAAAGGGACUUAGAAUUUCUGCUUUUUCUAAUAGAAGUCCCUGAAGAACAUAUACCAAAGUGUUUGAGAACUUCACCCAAACCUACUUUAAAACGUUAUGUGCAAUUAAGUUGUUUGACAUAAUUAUAUUACGUAAUUGUUGGGUCUGGUUUCUUGAGCUUAUAAUGUACCUGGAAAAUAAACCUCUUAAGGAAAAAGAAAAUCCCUACUGAUUAUUGAAGGACUAUAUAUGCAAACAAGAUGGUGUUGUAAAGAGGUAACUUGAAACUCCAAGAAAGCACUUGAUGUUUUUAUAUGCUUGUAGCAAAUUGAUGUUCUAACUGUAGUUUUAUAGAAAGUAUUGAUGCUUUUAUGUUUUUCAGAACUUUCAUAUGUUAAAGCAAAUUGUUUGAAUGUGCAACUAUUUGAGUUUAUGUAAGCAUGUAUACACUGUGCUAAAAGUCAUGUUUCAGUUUGUGUAUAAUAAUAUGCAACUUUUGGUUUAAGUUUUUUUCUUAAAACAUUAGUGGCUUAUGUUUUAAAAAGAAAAUCACCAGCAUGAAAGUGCACAUAAGUCUAUAGUCACUGUGUCUUUUUCUGAAUCCAUUGUAGUCUGUCAACUAAAUUUGUGUCUUUAUGGUC